AUGAUUCGCGUUGUUACAACGCUGACUGCACUGAUCGCAUGUGUCAGAGUGGCGGAAGCUUCGAGUGUCCCGGUCCAGUGCGAGAAAUUGCAUUGUGAGGAAGGGAGCAUGUGUACGGUGAUACGCUCUGAGCCGUGUAAUAACCGAUGGUGUCCGCCUCCAAGUGCCCAGUGCGUGCCAGUCUCCUCAAAAGAUGGGAUCUGCCCUAAUCGACUUGAGAAUCGCGAUUGUCUCUCUCUGCAAGGCGUUCCGCUGUGCUGGACGGACGAAGACUGUCCGGACAGACAGAAGUGCUGCGACGGCUGUUGCAAGACGCCCGAGGCAGAAAUGACGACGGAGGAGAGGAUAGCAAUUCUAAAGGCAGGAGCGUGUCCAGAGAACAAAAUCGAGGAUGCUUUCCGCAGAUGGUGGACGGCGCUCUUCUGUGAGCCCAAGGAGGUCGUCGAUGCCUGCCUCACGGACAUGGACUGUCCCGGCAACGACAAAUGCUGCUUGGCACUUUGCGGAAACGAGUGUUCGCCGGCCAUACACAUUGUGGCAGGGAGCCGAACUCAGCCUAAAAACGAAGAAGGCGUCAUACCACAGGUUCCAUUGGUGAACACCAACUCCUCUGUGCCCCUCGAGCCAGAGAUAGAACCUACUCGACCUCCCCGUAGGUUUAGGCUCCAUAAGCCCAGUUAA